GGGACCCAGACGGGAGCAGGUGCAGGGGGCAGGUGAGAGAGUGUCCCUCUCAUCGAGAUGGACGGAGCCCAAUGGCAGGACUCACAUACACCCUGGCCACAGCUGUGUCACAGCAGGGAGAGAGUGGGGAGGGAGAAGGGGCAGCCAUGGGAUGAGUUGGGAUGAGCCAUGGGAUGAGCCAUGGGAGGAGUUGGGGUUGGGGAGAGGCCAGGUGUGGAAAGAAGUUGGACUUUAAGAGCUGAAAGAGUACGCUUUCAUCAGAGCUUUUCCUCAAGAGCAUAAGGAUCUGCCCCUGGAGGCCCAUGGCCAUAGAGCCCUUUGGGAUCACUUCCCUGAGGCCCAGAGAGAAGCAGCGGCUCCUCUAAGGUCACAAGAAGGCCAGGGCCAUGAGGGGCCAGGACACUUACUAGCUGACUGCCUGAGGGGCCACUGGUGCAGGCCGGUCUCCCCUGCUCAGUCCAGGACUUGGGGCAUGAAGUCAGACACCCUCGGUGUCUUGUCACGGCAAGGCCGUGUCUGCUGAUGGGGAUGUGGAUCCUCUGGGAGGCAGAGCCAGUGUUGACAGGUGCCUAGAGAGGGAUCGAGGCCCCUGCUGUGUGGAGGUCCCUCAUCGCUGGGCCUGGCGGCGACUCCUUCCCCCUCACACAUGGCUAGCUUCCUCUUCCCUCAAGCCCAUCCCUUCCCACAGUCAAGAAUAGCCGGGGACAAGCCUGCCCCUUCACCCUGCUUCCAAGAGAGGAAUGCAAAAUCACAACAGCCACAGGGGAGAAGCAGCUUUGACCUCAUGCCAUCUGCACGCCCGAUACUGUGCUGAGUGUUACACAGACUGUCUCUCUGGGCCACCCUUUUCACAGACGGGGGUGGGGGGAAUCAGACCAUAGCUCACAGGUGGUUGUGCAAGGCUUGCAUUCUUUACACAGAACAUGGUUGUGUGGGAGACGGGUGGUCUUGCCCUAGGCUCUGGCCCCUGUCCGGCUGUUGGGAUCAAGCGCUGGUACUGCUAACUAAUGCCAAUCCCACCGAGGAAAUGUCAAAGACCUGAUUGGCUUUAUUAAGCAAUGCACGACUCGGGGAGCAACCCAUCCAGCUCCGACAAGGUGAACAACAUGGCAAGUUUUCACAGAAGGAGGGUUUUUGGCAAGGAGGUUGUUGGCCAAAGAAAGAGGUUGUUCCAGACCAGGCAUUUUGCCCCAGAGGGAAAGGCCAGGGGUCUUCCCACACAGAUGACCUCUUCUCCCUGUGGGGGAUGGAGAGCCCAAAUGGCAGACUCAGUGAGCUGAUGGAAAAAAUUCCUGACAGUCUGGUUAAGACCACAUCUCUGGGGGGAGGUGGAAACUGCAGUGGGGUUAGGUUUUCAGCCCAGUUGGGAUGUCUGUGUAAGUGAGUGUGUGUUGGGACCAUGGUUUCCUCUUUCACACAAACCAUGCUGACGCAGCAGGUGCCUUGCCCAUCAGAGCUGUCCUACAGACCCCACAUUCUCACCCCCAGCCUGUCAGAGAGUUCAUUGACUAGGAGAAACUAGGGUCUCCAUCCCACGUGCCUCCUUUGUUCACUCCCUUCCACCCUGGUGUAAACCCCUUCCACUCAGGCCAGAACACCAAGCGUCUCCUGCCGCUCCUACCCAGCGCAUGGUGCCCGGGCCAGGGAGAGCACUGAAGGACACACGUGGCUCCCAGAACGGUCCUUGGGAAUUCUGUUCGGACAGAGGCCUCCUCUGCCUCCCCUAUGUGGAUCCCAUGGACAGAAUCAAGCCUGUACAUCCCCCGCCCCCGUGUCCCCGUUUCUGCAGCCCGCCUCACACUCCCCUGCUACAACACAAAAAUCGCCCAAAUAGAUAAAGGGAAAUGGAGACAGAUUUGCAGUUUCCCAAAAGAAUUACCCAUUGGGCAAAAAGAUUCUUUGCAUAGUUCCUUCUGAUUUUAAUCACAUCUGGUAUGAUCCAAUAUUACUCAAUUUGCAUGAAUUCAGUUUUGACCAAGAGGUUGUUGGGAGCAUGGCUAUGACCUUAGACUGUCCCGACAUAGACAAGUGACCUCAUCACACUUGAUCUUCUGAAUGACUAAAUAAGGUUCAGGCCAGGCCAUCAUCCCAGAGCAGAAAAAGAAAACCAUAAUCCAGAGAAGCUAAAACUCGCCCACCGUGAGCAUCAGAGUUGAAAGCAAGCCCAGCCCCGUUCUGUCCCAAAACGACUGGAGUUUCCAACUGCCACCAGGUCACCUGAUCCAAAAUGCUCCUGGUGCCUGGGUCUAGCUGGAUGAGGCGGGUAGGGGGCAGGCAGUCGCUGCCCAAGGUAGACCCACUAGCAACUACCAGGACAGCCGUUGAGGGACACUCGACAUGCCAGCCAAUGCCCGUGGCUGGGGGUGAGCAGCGACAGCAAGGAAAGGGUUCAACACAAAAGGGACCAAGAUUAUCUGGAGGGAUCUCUGAGGGGCAAGAGGACGCUUCUGGCUGCUAAGACUGGGACAUUGCAGGCUGGUUUCACUGUCUUACUUUCCAAACAAGACACCUAUGAAGCAGAAACAGCAAAGAGCGUGGGAUCUGAGAUUCCGGACUUAAGACCUGACUUUGAUUCCCAGACGGAACCCACACCAGCUGUGUGGCGGGAGACUUACUUCAUUCCAAGAUGGCAUGUUCCUUUUAUCGACUUUUCCUCAUUGUCAGCAUCUCCGCUCCAAUCUACUGUGUACUCCCUCCCCGGGCCCCCAGCCAAGGCUCCCCCUGCCCGUCCUCCACUAGGAGCACCGCCGCCUCCCAGCUGUCUUCCAGCAACACCAACUUCGCCUUCCGCCUGUACCAGAGGCUGAUCUUGAAGACUCCAGACCAGAACGUCUUCUUCUCCCCGUUGAGUGUCUCUGCUUGCCUGGCCAUGCUCUCCCUAGGGGCCCGCUCAGCCACCAAGACCCAGAUCCUCCAGAGCCUGGGAUUCAACCUCACACACCUGCCGGAGUCCUCCAUCCACCAGGCCUUCCAGCACCUGCUCCACUCACUUCGAGUCCCCGGCAAAGACCUGGACUUGAGGAUGGGGAGUGUCCUCUUUAUCAAAAAGGAGCUGUGGCUGCAGACAAAUUUCUUGGAUGACGUCAAGAGGCUCUAUGAGUCAAAAGUCUUUUCUACAGAUUUCUCUAGCUCCUCUACUGCCCGGGAGAAGAUAAACAGCUAUGUGGAGAAGGAGACCAAAGGGAAGGUGGUAAACUUAAUCCAAAGCCUUGAACCUCUGACGGUCAUGGUCCUAGUGAAUCAUAUUUUCUUUAAAGGCAAGUGGGAGAAGCCCUUUAACCCUGGAUAUACGAGUAAGAGCUCCCCAUUCCUGGUGGGUAGGAGGACCACAGUGAAGGUCCCAAUGAUGCACCAGGUGGAAGAGUUUGCUUUUGGAGUGGAUGCAGAGCUGAAAUGCUCUGUGCUACGGAUGGACUAUGACGAAGACACUGCAGCCUUCUUUGUCCUCCCUGGCCAGGGCAAGAUGAGGCAACUGGAGCAGGCCUUGUCAUCUAGGACGCUGAGGAAAUGGAAUCACUUACUCCAGAAGAGGUGGAUAGAGGUGUUCAUUCCAAAAUUUUCCCUUUCUGCCUCCUAUGACCUGGAAACCAUCCUCCCGAAGAUGGGCAUCCGGGAUGCCUUUGAUAAAAAUGCUGAUUUUUCUGGAAUCACAAAGAGAGACUUCCUGCAGCUUUCCAAAGCCACCCACAAGGCUGUGCUGGAUGUCAGCGAGGAGGGCACUGAAGCCGCAGCGGCCACCGCCACCAAGCUCAUCGUGCGGUCAAAGGAUGGCCCCUCCCACACCGUCGUCCGCUUCAAUAGGUCCUUCCUUCUGCUGCUGAUCAACAGGGCCACAGACACCAUUCUCUUCCUAGGGAAAGUGGAAAAUCCCACCAAAUUCUAGGUGGAAAGCUCCAGCUAACUCAGUACAUGUUGUAAACCCCAAGGAAAUAAAUCACAUUGUGACGA